UUCUGGCCGGACAGUUUAAAAGGCGAACCAAAUACCAAAGUGACAGCACGUUUACUUUUUUGAUUUAGGUCCAUAACAUGUUUUGUUUUACUCGGUGUCUCUGUAGUUAGUACACGUUUGGUCCGAAAACGGAAGAGCAGGUUUCACAGGAAGGGCUAAAACAACUGAGAAGCUAAGCUAAGCAAACGAGUCAUGCUCCUGGUGGACCCCGGUCUGUACAUUGGCACUGCGGCCGAUCUCAACGACAGGCAGGUACUGGCUGAGGCAGCUGUCAGUCAUAUCCUGUCUGUGGACUCCGUCGACCCUGCCCCUCUGCUUCCUGCUGAUGGUGGCUUUUGCAGGAAGUGGGUUAAUGUUCUGGAUGAGGUGACCUCUGAUCUCCUGAGUCACAUGGAUGACUGCUUCCUUUUCAUUCAGGAGGCUGUGGAUGGAGGCCGGGCUGCAAUUGUUCACUGCCAGGCUGGUCGAAGUCGCAGUGCCACCAUUGUUACUGCUUAUCUAAUGAAAAGAUACCAGCUGGGCUUCAGUGAGGCUUACCACAGACUGAGGAGUGUCAAACAGGACGUACAGGUCAACAGUGGGUUUGAGGAGCAGUUGUGUCUGUAUGAGGCCAUGCACUGUGAAGUGGACACGUCCAGUCCUCUGUACAAACAAUACAGACUGACCAAGAUUACUGAGAAGUACCCUGAGAUGCAGCAGUUUCCCAGGGAGUUGUUUGCCGUCGACCCAGCCAACUUCAGCUCCUCUGAAGUAUCCUAUCGCUGCAGGAAAUGCAGACGCACUCUGUUCCGUGGCUCUAGUAUUCUCAGUCACCCAGUAGGAGAAGGAGCAUCAGCCUUUGGUCACAAGAAGUUCAGUAACCUCACUGGAGAUGUCCAGUGUACAUCUUACUUCAUUGAACCAGUGCAGUGGAUGGAACAAGCUUUACUUGGGGUGAUGGAUGGACAGCUGCUGUGUCCUAAGUGUGGCUCGAAGCUGGGCUCUUUCAGCUGGUGUGGGGAUCAGUGUUCGUGCGGUCGCUGGGUCACUCCCGCCUUCCAGCUGCACCGCAACAAAGUGGACGAGAUCCGACAGCUGCACACACAGAAAUAACAUCACGUCUUGAGUCUCAAACAGCCCUCUGAAAGUCUGUCUGAAAGUGAGGACCGGCCCAAGUGUCCUCACUUUCCCAGAAUGUCCUCAUUUGCCCUCACUCCGUAAG